AUGGCGCCACCACCACCCCGGCAACCGCGCCAAUUGAGCUUGGUGCUCACCCUCUUCCUCCUCUGUUUCAAUGCCCUCUUCGGCCAAGCCGCCGCCCAGGAGGACGAGGCCAUCCUCAACAGCGAGAUUGCUCGACUCAACAACCAGAGCUUGCUAUGGGGUCCCUAUCGCCCCAACCUCUACUUUGGCGUCCGCCCCCGCAUCCCCAAGGCCUUGAUGACGGGUCUCAUGUGGGGCAAGGUUGAGACAUACACCGACUAUCAGACCUCUCUCCGGUACACAUGCGAGCAGAAUGAGGGCAUGAAGGGUUAUGGCUGGGACGAGUACGACACUAGAAGGGGCGGUGUUCAGUCCAUCCACGACACCGAGAACGGCAUCGACAUCACCACCUCUUUCGUCAAGGUCCCCGGCGGCGCGACCGGCGGUAGCUGGGCUGCCAGAGUCAAGGGUCGGCUCCAAGAGGGUGUACCCUCGGACCGCAAGACUGCUGUCAUCCUCUACGUAACACAGGAGGGACUUGGCACCCUUGAGGCGGCCAAGGGAGAUGAUGAGAAUGGCUAUGAGGGCGAUGUCACCCUCAACGGCAACUCUGCCGCCCUCGGAGACUACAAGCUGGUCCUCACCAAGGGCAAGGGCAAGCACCCCAAGAGCGACCAUAAGGUCACCGAAGUGCGUGGUGAUGCCCACACUGUGGUUCAGUCCUUGACCUAUCAGGAAGAGUUCCUUUGGCAGGCCAAGGGCAUCGUCUUCAAGCAGCUCAAGGAAAGUGUCGACGCUUUCGUCGAAAAGUACUUUGAUAAGGAAGACCCCCCACCGGCCUGGCAGGUAUUCCAGCUCGAGAAUCGCCCUGGAGCUGGAAAUGUUCACAUUAUUCAGAGGGUGUUUGAGGGUGACUUCGAGUUCGAUAUCUUGUUCUCCAGUGCCUCGGCUGGCAAGGAGCUCUCAAGUGCCGAUCUGACCAGGGAGAUCCAGGAGGCUACUGAAUCGUUUGGUGAACGCUUCUCGAGCGUGUUUGCCAUCAAGGCUCCUUUUACCGCUGAAAAGUACGAGAAGUUUGGCAGGAGCAUGUUCUCCAAUCUCAUUGGUGGUAUUGGUUAUUUCUUUGGAGAGUCCGUGGUUGACCGUUCGUAUGCACCCGAGUAUGAGGAGGAUCACGAGGGUUUCUGGGAAGAGGCUGCUGCGGCCAGAGCUCGCAACAAGCCCACGCUUGAGGGCCCUUAUGAGCUCUUCACCAGCGUCCCGUCCCGACCCUUCUUCCCCAGAGGCUUCUUGUGGGAUGAGGGCUUCCACCUGAUUCCCAUUGCAGACUGGGACAUUGAUCUUGCCAUGGAGAUUGUGAAGAGCUGGUACAACCUCAUGGACGAGGAUGGCUGGAUCGCUCGUGAGCAGAUCCUGGGCGCAGAAGCCAGGAGCAAGGUUCCCGAGGAGUUCCAGACCCAGUACCCCCACUAUGCCAACCCUCCUACGCUGUUCUUCAUUGUCGAUACCUUUGUCAACAGGCUGCGCAACGCUAAUGGCACCAUGCCUGCUGUCAAAGAACACCUCUCCCAAGGCGUCUCUCUUUCCAGUGCGUCUAUCGACAACGUUGAGGUAGGACUCGAGUAUCUCCGCCGCCUCUACCCGCUUCUUCGCCGCCAGUUCUACUGGUUCAAGAAGACACAGUACGGUGACAUCAAGUCCUACGAUCGCGACGCCUAUUCCUCCCGUGAGGCUUAUAGGUGGCGCGGCCGCACCCUCACGCACUGCUUGACCAGUGGCUUGGAUGACUACCCUCGCCCUCAGCCACCUCACCCUGGUGAGCUCCAUGUUGACCUCAUGUCGUGGGUUGGCCUAAUGGCUAAGUCGCUGACCAACGUCGCCGAAGUCAUUGCGCCCGAGGAGGUUGAGGAUUACACAAAGGUUCUCGACGGAAUCGAGCACAAUCUUGAUGACCUGCACUGGUCUGAGAAGGACGGCUGCUACUGCGAUGCCACCAUUGAUGAGUUUGAGGAGCACCGACUCGUGUGCCACAAGGGAUACAUCUCCCUCUCCCCAUUCCUGACUGAUCUGUUGAAGCCCGAUAGCCCGAAGCUCGGCAAGAUUCUGGCCCUUAUUGGUGAUGAGGAGGAGCUGUGGAGCCCUUAUGGCAUUCGUAGCCUGAGCAAAAAGGAUGAGAACUACGGCACUGCCGAGAAUUACUGGAGAAGUCCCAUCUGGAUCAACAUCAACUACCUUAUCAUCACCCAGCUUCACAACCUUGCAACCCAAGAAGGGCCCUACCAAGAGACGGCCCGCGACCUGUAUCAGAGAUUGCGCAAGAACGUUGUCGAAACCAUCUACAACAGCUGGGAGGAAACUGGCUUUGCGUGGGAACAGUACAACCCGGAAACGGGCAAGGGUCAGCGUACACAGCACUUCACCGGCUGGACCAGUUUGGUGGUCAAAAUCCUAGCCAUGGAUGACCUGCCCGAGGCUGCCCCAGUGGCCCCGGUUGAAUCACAGUACGUCAAAGACGAGCUAUGA